AUGUUCAACGGGUGUAUAGCUUAUGGCUGCCCAUCAGUCAUCAAACUGACCGGUGGCUUGGGACUCAUUAUUCUGGGCACGGUUCUGCAGUUGAAAUUUGCUGGGGUGUUGGAUAUAUUAGGUGACGAACGGUUAGCAACGCCAAUAAUAUUAUUAGCAUUUGGAACGCUUUGCACUCUGUUAGGAUUUCUUGGUUGUUGUGGAGCAAUCCGAGAAAACUACUGUCUUACCGUAUCCUUUGCCGUGCUGCUAGCACUAGUCAUUAUGAUUGAAACAGCCGCAGUGAUCACAGCCUAUGCACUUAAUGAGGAUCUACGGAGUGGACUGUCAACUCAGUUACAAAUGGGCCUGUCACGCUAUAAUCGCAGUAGCGGCGUCCAAAUGGCAUGGGACCAGACGCAACAAACGUUGUCAUGCUGCGGUGUGGCGAACUCAAGUGACUGGUCAGCUCUGGGUGCUAUUCCUGACUCGUGCUGCAUCGAAGCUGUAACUGGCUGCGCCAAGGAACUCGCACCACUUCAUCCGAGUGGAUGUAUGGACAAAGUCGAAAGUAAGCAACUCUUGUCAGCUGGGGUCAUGUGA